AUGAUCAUGAUAAACUCUACACAGGUUUCAUAUUUCACGUUUGGUGCAUACUUUAAUAUUGGGCUCUUUAAAUACUUAUUUUUCCUGAUUAUUAUGUGUUGUUAUGCUGUAAUUAUUUGUGCUAAUCUAUUGCUGAUUGUGGUUAUCUGUAAGAACAGAAGCUUACAUGAACCUAUGUACCUUUUUCUGUGCAGCCUGUUUGUAAAUGAACUGUUUGGUAGUACAGGGUUGUUUCCAUUCCUUCUGGUUCAGAUCUUUGCUGACAUUCACACUGUUUCUGCUCCAUUUUGUUUCUUGCAGAUUUUCUGUGUGUAUGCAUAUGCAACUAUACAAUUUCAUAAUUUAUCCAUCAUGUCUUACGACAGAUAUCUUGCUAUCUGUUAUCCUCUGCAAUAUAACACACACAUGACAUCCAUCAAGGUUGCCAUGCUUAUUGCUGUAACAUGGAUAUACCCAUUUGUUGGAGUCGCUGUCACAAUAUCUUUGAGUGCUCCUUUACAGCUGUGUGGGAACAUCAUUAACACAGUUUACUGUGAUAACUACUCUAUUGUAAAACUGGCCUGCUCUGAAACUAGAGUCAAUAACCUUUAUGGACUCAUUUACACUUGUCUUGUAGUCUUUGGACCUCUCAGUUUAAUCCUUUACACCUACAUCAAGAUCCUUAAAGUGUGUUUUUCUGGUUCUAAACAGACCAGACAGAAAGCUGUCAGUACCUGCACACCUCACCUCGCUUCUCUACUCAACUUUUCUUUUGGUUCUUUCUUUCAAAUAUUACAGAGCAGGUUUGAUAUGAGCAGUGUACCCAUGAUGUUGCGAAAUCUUUUGUCAUUAUACUUUCUGACUUGCCAACCAAUCUUUAACCCUUUAAUGUAUGGACUGCAAAUGUCUAAAAUACGUAGCUUAUGUAAAGUCGUCUUUUGGUUGAUCCAGCGGGAGGCUGAGAGCUCCGUGGCAGACAGCAGCUGCUCCUCCUCCGUCCAGGAGCAGAGCUUCAUCUUGCUGCGCCGCCGGUCCCCGGGGCAGCAGAGUCACCGGAAGAGUUCGGCUGAAUACUGCUUUGUGUUAAUGCAGUGA